GAUAUAUGAAAGAUAUAUAGUUGCUAUUUCAAGCUGGUGUUGUGAGUCUGAGAAAGUGAAUGGUGAAACAAACACAUUACGAUCCGAUCCAAAGCCAACAACAACAACAACCACAUUGAGAGAAAAAAAUGGAGUCGUACGACUCGUUCGAGGACCAACCACCAUCGCACCACGAAUCGCCACCCAUCGGAGCACCCUACGACGAUGACUCCGGCAGCUACACCAACGGUUUCGAUUCUCACCACCACCACCACCAGCAACAGCAACAGGAGUAUUACGAUUACGGACCCGAAGAUGAUAGCCUCAACCUCGAUCACACCAACCCCAACCCGCUUUCCCCUCCCGUUUACGGUUUCGGCAUUUCCACUCCUAACCCUGAUGUCAUCACUCCCUUCCAAUCCGCCCAACCCGACGCCGACGACGAUGACGAUGACGAUGACACCUUCACCGGUGGCAGUGGUGGCGGUCCCAUCCUCCCGGACCCCACUCUCAUGCAGGAGGAAGGCUCUGCAAGACGCGAAUGGCGACGUAAAAAUGCCAUUCAUCUUGAGGAAAAGGAGAAAAGAGAGAAAGAGAUGCGGAAUCAGAUUAUAAAGGAAGCUGAAGACUUUAAGGAAGCUUUCUAUGCGAAAAGAAAGCUCAAUUGUGAGACAACCAAAACCAACAACAGAGAAAGAGAAAAGAUAUACUUGGCUAACCAAGAGAAAUUUCACAAAGAAGCUGACAAACAUUACUGGAAAGCGAUAGCAGAGAUCAUUCCUCGUGAGGUUCCUAAUAUCGAGAAGAGGAGAGGGAAGAAAGAAGCUGAGAAUAAGCCUUCAGUUCAUGUUAUUCAAGGUCCAAAGCCUGGGAAACCUACUGAUCUUUCCCGGAUGCGCCAAAUGAUUUUGAAGCUUAAACAGAAUCCUCCCACUCAUAUGAUGCCUCCCCCACCGAAAGAAGACAAAGAUGCAAAAGAAAAGAAAGAUGGGAAUGAUGUCAAAGAUGGCAAAGAUGCAAAGGAGGGAAAGGAUGAUAAGGGAGGGAAAAGUUCAACACCAACUGCAACUUCAGGUGCUGUAGGAGACAAGCCUGCUUCCCCUGCAAAAGAUGCCGCAGCUGCUAAUGGUGAAUCAAAGGAUCCUGCUCCUGUUGAGGGUGAGCAAGGGACUACAUCUAAGCCAGAAGCUGCUAAGUGAUGAAGACAAGUUAUUUUUUUAGCAAUUCUUUUUUUAUAUACAUGUUAUUUUUAUUCUUUUAUUCUUGCUAAAUUUUGUUCCCUACAUUCAUGGAGAAUAAGUGAUGGCCAUUUGAAGAUACUUUAGGGUUUACAGCAUGGCCUGUUGAGAACAUUGGUCCAAACUAUUGUCCUAGGUUUGUAGGCUUUAGAUGCAAAUCUUUUGCUGUCAUCUUACUUUGGAAUUCCUUAUCCAAUUACAAUUUUUCUGCA